GCUCUGAGGGCAAGACUGACGACCUUCUCCCAGUGCUUAUGGUCACAGCCACCCAAAGGAUUUGAGAAGUACUUUAAGCGGAAUGGAAGAAGUACAGACUCAGAAAAGUCCGCGUCUGCCUGUCAAGAAACUGGUGAACCAAAGGGCUCUGGGCCUGGGGGAGAUGGUGGCAAGAGACGAGGCCGACAGGACAGAUCUGAUUGGUGGAGGCGGAUGCAGAAGGGCGAGCUACCCUGGGAUGACAAGGACUUCCGCAGCAUGGUGGUUCUGGGGGCCGGCUUUGCCAUGGGAAUUUUCUACUUCUAUUUUCGAGAUCCUGGAAAAGAAAUCAGCUGGAAGCACUUUGUACAGUACUACCUGGCCCGCGGUCUGGUGGACCGUCUGGAAGUGGUGAACAAACAGUAUGUACGUGUUAUUCCGGUCCCAGGGACAUCAGCAGAGAAGUACGUGUGGUUCAACAUUGGUAGCGUUGACACGUUUGAGCGAAAUCUGGAGUCGGCACAAUGGGAGCUGGGGAUCGAGCCUGCCAACCACGCGGCAGUGAUCUACACCAUGGAGAGUGAUGGCUCUUUCCUGCGAAGCCUGGUGCCCACCCUGCUCCUGGUUGGGAUCCUCCUGUAUGCUGUGCGGAGGGGCCCAAUGGGGGCUGGUCGUGGUGGGCGAGGAGGUGGUCUCUUCAGUGUGGGAGAGACAACAGCCAGGAUCUUGAAGAAUAACGUGGAUGUGCGCUUUGCUGAUGUAGCCGGCUGUGAAGAGGCCAAGUUGGAAAUUAUGGAGUUUGUGAAUUUCUUGAAGAAUCCCAAGCAGUAUCAAGACUUAGGCGCCAAAAUUCCCAAGGGAGCCAUGCUCACAGGCCCCCCCGGCACGGGGAAGACCCUUCUGGCUAAAGCGACUGCAGGGGAGGCCAGUGUGCCCUUCAUCACCGUGAAUGGGUCUGAGUUCCUGGAGAUGUUUGUUGGUGUCGGGCCAGCGAGGGUGCGUGACAUGUUUGCCAUGGCCAGAAAGAACGCCCCUUGUAUCCUGUUCAUUGACGAGAUUGAUGCGAUCGGCAGGAAGCGUGGCCGUGGGCACUUUGGGGGCCAGAGCGAGCAGGAGAACACGCUGAACCAGAUGCUUGUGGAGAUGGAUGGGUUCAACUCAACCACCAAUGUUGUGGUGCUUGCUGGCACCAAUCGCCCGGACAUCCUCGACCCAGCGCUGAUGCGGCCGGGUCGCUUCGACAGACAGAUCUAUAUUGGACCCCCAGACAUCAAAGGCAGGUCCUCCAUCUUCAAGAUCCACCUGCGUCCACUGAAACUGGAUGAAAGCCUCAGUAAGGAUGCUCUGGCAAGGAAGCUGGCUGCACUCACCCCGGGAUUCACAGGUGCUGACAUUUCCAACGUCUGCAACGAGGCAGCCCUCAUCGCUGCCCGCCACCUGAGCCCCUCUGUGCAGGAUAAGCACUUUGAGCAAGCCAUUGAGAGGGUCCUCGGAGGUCUCGAGAAGAAAACGCAGGUCUUGCAGCCCAGUGAGAAGACCACUGUGGCCUACCAUGAGGCUGGACAUGCCGUGGUGGGCUGGUUUCUGGAGCAUGCAGACCCCCUGCUCAAGGUGUCGAUCAUCCCCCGGGGAAAGGGGCUUGGCUACGCCCAGUACCUCCCCCGGGAGCAGUACCUGUACACACGGGAGCAGCUUUUCGACCGCAUGUGCAUGAUGCUGGGGGGCAGGGUCGCUGAGCAGCUGUUCUUCGGACGGAUCACCACAGGUGCCCAGGAUGACCUGAGGAAGGUCACACAGAGCGCCUAUGCACAGAUUGUACAGUUUGGGAUGAGCGAGAAGCUGGGCCAGGUGUCCUUUGACCUCCCACGCCAGGGUGAGGCUCUGGUGGAGAAGCCAUACAGCGAGGCCACAGCCCAGCUCAUUGAUGAGGAAGUACGCCACCUCAUCAGUACUGCCCAUGCUCGGACCCUGGAGCUGCUGACUCGCUGCCGUGAGCAAGUGGAGAAGGUGGGGCAGCGGCUUCUGGAGAAGGAGGUCCUGGAGAAGGCUGACAUGGUGGAGCUGCUGGGCCCCCGGCCCUUUGCCGAGAAGACCACCUACGAAGAGUUUGUAGAUGGCACCGGCAGCCUGGAGGAGGACACGUCCCUUCCUGAGGGACUGAAGGACUGGAACCAGGAGCGGACAGAGGGGCAGGCACAGGGCCAAGUGCAGGGAAGCCCCGCGUAG